GACUGGGAUGUGGAAAUCUAUGAUGAGAAGAGGAAAUGACGAAUUGCAGCAACAAGAUUUCGUGCAUGAGAAUUGUUCCACGAGCAAUCUGCAAUUGGACUUCUUCAGAGGAAAUAGCUACACCCUUCAACUGCACUAGUUAGCUAUUUCUGUUUGAAAUGCACUAGUUAGCUUUCUGUUAAGCUUUCUGUGGUUUUGCCUUAAUAGGUUUACGUCAUCUACAUGGGAUGACUGAUGAAGCAGCACCUUAGUUUUUGCCAGUGCAAGCCACAGUAUGCUCUGCAGAUGUGUGGGGUGAGCGGGAACAUAUCUUGCAGGUGAAAACAUGGUUCACAUGCACUGAAAUGGAGGCUCUGGUCCAGACGGCUGUCCAGUUUGCUGAUGCCAACUGCGCCAUUUUUGAGCCGGAGCUGGGUGAACACAAGCUGGUGUACACCCAGUUGCAUAAUGACUUCAAGCAAUUGUUUGAGGACAGGCUGAACUCUUUCCUGGCGAGCAUUGGUGCAACGCCUGAGGCGUUCUACGUUGCUUUCCAGAAAGCCGGACAUGAAGGAGAAGUUCAGACAAUGGCAGAGCUGAUGUACACGUGCUUGGAGUACGAGUUCUUCUGCCAGAUCAUGUGCGAACGGAAGCGAGAACUGGAAGCGCAACACGCUUCCGGGCUGCUGCCAGAGACACCAGCUCCGGGCAUUUGCGGCUAUGCAGGCCACAAAGAUGGCUACUCCGGGCCUGGCGCACCAUCUGUUCAUGGAGCCCGCUUAGUGCUCCGAACCGCGGCAGAGGCGUGUUUGCCAGCACUUCGAGCGCAAAUCGAGGCAACAGACCUGCUGCCCCAGCAAGCACUGGGAGCGCUGAGCUUUUGUUGCGAGGUCCUGAACCGGAUUCUGGUCAACUUGGAAGAUCCAGAUGCCUAUGCGAAGUUCAGCAAGCUGAAGGUGACAGCUGUUCGCAAGCGGCUUCCGAGAAGGUCUGAUCUCACAGAAGCUGUCCUUCUCACGAUCGGCUUCCGGGAGGCAGAAGAGUACUUCGAGUGGGGUCCGCAGAGUGUCGAGGUCGGCGACUAUCUCGAACUUUUUGCUGCUGUGGUGAAGCCACAGAAAGGUCAUCAACAGAUAUGCCAUUCAAUGACUUUAACACGGAAGUUUCGCCGCGUCGACGGAAAACCACAAGAGAAGUCGCUGGAGCUGUCGCAGGAGCUGUCGCUGGAGAGACACCUCGAUCUGCGCAGGAGCGACGGAAAUCUAGGAAAGAAGUCGCUGGAGCUGUUGCUGGAGAGACAACUGGAGCUGCGCAUGAUAGACAGAAAUCUAGGAAAGAAGUCGCUGGAGCUGUUGCUGGAGAGACAACUGGAGCUGCGCAUGAUCGACAGAAAUCUAGGAAAGAAGUUGCUGGAGCUGUUGCUGGAGAGACAACUGGAGCUGCGCAUGAUCGACAGAAAUCUAGGAAAGAAGUUGCUGGAGCUGUUGCUGGAGAGACAACUGGAGCUGCGCAUGAUCGACAGAAAUCUAGGAAAGAAGUUGCUGGAGCUUUCGCUGGAGAAACAACUGGAGCUGCGCAGGGCCGACAGAAAUCCACGAAAGAAGUCGCUGGAGCUCUCGCUGGAGAAACAACUGGAGCUGCGCAGGGCCGACAGAAAUCCACGAAAGAAGUCGCUGGAGCUUUCGCUGGAGAAUCACCUGGAGCUGCGCAGGGUCAACAGAAAUUCGCCGAAGAAAUUGCAGGAACAACUGCAGCGAGUGAAACAGUUGAAACAGCUUCGACAGCAUCUGCAGUUUGGAAAAGAGGAUGCAAUCACCAAUUGGGCUGUCUUGGUUGGCAAGGCGCUAUGGUGCUACAUGAAAGGAGCUGGGCAAGUGGGGCAGCGUCAAAAGCUGGGCCUGGUUUCAGCUGCAUUUAACAUUGGAUUUGGCCGCUGUUCGGGAACAACGAGCGUGACAUGCAGCAUGGAGGUGGUGAAGCCUGGUGCCAACAGGAGCCGCGGGAAAGGUGCUCUUAGGCGCGCAACUGCUGUUGUGAACCAACUGAAGGAAUUGGUCUCGCGAGUGGGAAAAGAAGAGGACGAUGUCUUGGACGAAGAAUGGGAUGUGGAUGCUCUCAGUUUCCUGUUCAGUGCGGACUAUAUGGACAGCUUGAUGAUCCUGGCAGGCGGUGCAAGUUGGUCCCUCCGAGAUGAUGAGACCGUUGUUCAGAUAUCACAACCCUGCAGAGUCUUUGGUGAUAUUCAUGGCCAGCUCCGUGAUUUGCUCAUGUUCUUCCACGCCUUUGGCCUUCCAUCGAAGACUGGGCCAAGCUUUGUUUUCAAUGGCGACUUUGUCGAUCGAGGAGCACACCAACUGGAGGUCAUUGGUGUUCUGUUCGCGCUCAAGAUUGCUUUUCCAAAGCGAGUUUUUCUGGUUCGUGGCAACCAUGAGGAUGCUUUCAUGAACCGUAAAUAUGGCUUUUAUGAAUGUUGCAUGGAACAGUUGGGAUCCUUUGCCGAAAAGGCCUUUAGCAACGUUCAAAAGGCUUUUGAGUGGCUUCCACUUGCCUGCCUUAUUGAUGGCAAGAUUCUCACGGUCCAUGGAGGUAUAGGAGAUGGUAAGUGGACCAUUGAUGAGCUGGCUUGUGUGAAGCGGCCUCUGAACUCCGAAGUCUUUUUGGAAACAAACAAUCGAUGGUUGUACAAUAUCCUGUGGUCGGAUCCUAUCCCUGAUGACAAUGGCGGCACAAACUUGUUUGGUGUUCACAGCUCUCCACGAACUGCAUCUGCCGUAAACUUUGGUUGGAACAUCACAAAGACUUUCUGUGCAAUGAAUGGGAUCGAUGUCAUCGUUCGCAGUCACCAAUGCGUGGAAGAGGGAAGAGGUUUCGAAGUGAUGCAUGACCAGCAUCUGGUGAGAGUCUUUUCCGCCCGUGACUAUGAGGGACACAGAAAUGAUGCGUCCAUUAUUUCAAUCCGUAAAGAUCGGACCAGUCUGAAUCGUGUGCAGUUGGUCCUGCGGAUGCACGGUUUGCGCUCGCUCGUGAGAUUGGAGAACGAGGUGUCACAGAUGUCACUGGGGCCAAACGAUGAAGCAUGACGAGGCUUCCAAGCGCGACCACCCUACCGGCCUGACUCGAUCACACUUGUGAGAGCUCGCCCCAGUUGCGAACAUUUUUGUCUCACUAAGCAGCUGCCAAAGUGUGGCAAGUUCGAAUACAAUUCUGAAUUCUUACUCAUAGAGUUCAUGGCUCUACCUAGUAUUAGCCUGGGGCCUUUUUGAAGAUGGCACAAUCCAUGCUAGCCAUGUAUGGCCUUUCGAAGGCUAUGCGGACUGUAUGAUUUCCAAUAUUUCCAAUGGAUUAUGCCUUAUCAACAAUUAUUCUCAGCAAAGUGCAGCAGCCUGUUGGAC